UGUAAAUUGACUGAUUUCACGGUUAUAUUUCGCUAAAUCACAAAAACAUGUCUCUCUUCAUCUUUAUCUCUGCAUUUUGCAAAUCUAAAGCCUAUCCUUUUUGACUUUUUUUGCUCAAGAUCGUGUAUUUUCAAACUCAAAAUUCAAUCCAAAAUAGAAAAGGCCUAUUCAAUCCGAAAUUUAGGGAUAUGUUUCUCUUCUUCCUCUAUAAAUAGGGAUUGAGUGGAAGAAGGCUGGGGGGAUUCUUGGAGAUUUUAGGAAAAACAUUAGGGGGUUUUGGAGGUGCGUGUUUCUAACCUCACGUAAUCUCGAAGAACACACUCGAAAAUCAAUUCCGAUGGAAAGUCAAAAUACGGAAGUACCGAAAAUCAUAACGUAUGGUGGCGGAAGUUUUGUUUGCAAAAAUUCGUAGUCCCAGCUGCUGCCCGGAAAAAGGUUUGAUCCAUACAAGGUAACUUGAUGGUAUUGCUAAUUGCAUUCGGAGUAAGUUUGAAUUGGCUAGACCAUCAUGGAAGAAGUUUCCAGAGUCUACUCGCGAGAUGUGGUUUGAGGAAUUCAAGAAAAAAAUUGCCUCGGAAACCACAUUGGAUGGGAGAUGCAGUAUUCAAGGAGAUGAAGAUGUAUUGGGAGUCUGAUGAGUUCAAAACAAAGUCUGAACGAAAUAAAGAGAAUCGUGAUUCAAAUGCCGGUGCAUCACUUCAUACCGGUGGUUGUGUACCUCAUCGAUUGAUCUAUAAGAGAAUGAAUGAAUUUGAAAGAAAGAAACAAAAAAUAUUAGCUGUUCAAAGUGCAUCAGCUGUGGAUGGAGAAACUAAUUCAGCUAGUCAGCCGACUCAGUUAACUGAAAUGGAUAUCUGAGUGCAAUCUGCUGGUGGAAAUAAAAAAGGAAGAGUCAAAGGUCUUGGCUCCCUAGGUCGAAGUGUAAAGGCAACUAACAAUUCAACAUCAACUUUGCCAAAAGAAAUUGAUGAGAUGAUUAAGUCUCAGGUUGAUGCUUCAAAUGCUGAUUUGUAUGCUCAGUUGCAAUGAGCGAAAGAAAAAUAAGAGGAUGAGAAAGGAAUUACACUUGUUGAUGAAGCAUGUCUACAAUAAAUCAUCUUCAAACAAUGAACGGCCAUCUCAAGAAGACUACAAGCUUAUGAGGAUGAAAGUUAUGAUGACUCUGAUGACGUGAAUGAAAGUGAUAAUCCCGAUAACGUGAAUGAAAGUGAUUCUGAUCCUGAUGGUUGGUACUUUUAUUGACGAUUCAAGUUUUAAAUAUUUUGUUUUGGACCAUUUAAGAAUCAUACAUUAUUGAUGUGGAUGUUUUGAAUUAUGUUUUUUGUUAGAUAUAAUGGUUUACAUUAAACUUGUUUUGAA